AUGAAGUCCGACCAGCGUGCGGCCGCUGUGCCCAACGCCGCACGAGCUGCGACUUUGACCGCCCCCUCGGUGUCCGCCUGCCGAACCGCCGCCGAACGAGCACCAGUCUCACCACACGGCGCACACGCACGCCUCGCACUCGGCGUCCCACUCGCACGCCGCUCACCCCCCGCCGCCGCACCACUCGGCGGGACACUCGGGCCACGCGCACCAGACCCACUCGUCCCAUCCCGCCCAUACCUCUCAUGCCGGCCACACGGCCCACUCGCCGCACAUGUCUCACCCGCCCCACCCGCCGCACUCGCACACAACGCCGAAGGAGAAUGGGCGCAUGUCGCACCCGACGUCGAGCCUGCGCGACUGGGCCAGUCCGAGUUCGAGCAAGUGAGUUGUAAUCCUCCGUACGGUCAACUAACAGACAGGGCCGCUGAGGCCGCGCCGCUUAUGGAUGUCGUGCCGCCCGUAGCAUCAGUCUCGCCCCAGGUGGAUGUCUCUGUCUCUCCGCUAGUCGUGCCGGGCACAUCGUUCGACGAUCUCGGCCUGGGCCAGGACUUCACGACGGCAGACAUGACGCCGUCGGCCAUGCAGAUCCUCUUCGCGCCUCCUGCACCAACAGCGCACCGGGGCCCGAACGUGGAGCCGCGCGAUGUGCAGCGCCGCUUCAAUGCCCCACUCGACCCCCGCGCCGAACUCGCCGGCAUCAUUCCCGCCCCUGUCCUCGCCACGCUCAGCGACACAGACGCACGCUUGUUUUAUCACUACAUCGACGUGCAGGCCACGAUCUCGGUCGGCGUCGAAACAGAGGACAACCCGUUGUCGACGUACUUCAUCCCUGUCGCGCUGAGCGCGGCUUUGGGCGAGAGCAACGGCGACAACGGUCCGAACGACGGUAACCCGGCGUUCCACGCGCUUAAGGCAUGCGCCGCGACGCACCGCGCGAACCUCAUGGACGGCACGGGUACGGACGGCUCGGCUGCGUUCCGCCAGGUCGCGCAGAGCGCAAGGAAGCGCGCGUACGCUCUUCUGGCCGAGCGCAUCGAAGUGCUCUCCCGCGCCUCGCCGCUGGAGCGGGAACAGUUUGCGGGCGCCCUCGCCAUCACAGCAGACACGCCAAGCGCCAACGAGCUCUUCUUCAUCAGCGCGAUCAGCCUGUACCAGGCGUGGUACAACUUCAACCUUGUCGUGAUCCUCGACCAGCCUCUCAUGCCUCUGCUCUGUGAAAUGGCACGGGACCCGCUCACACUCUCCCCGCCGGUCGAGGACGUGUUCGCCGUCCCGCCUGGCAUUGCCCUGGAACACAUGAGGGUCUACCAUGUGAUUCGGGAGUACCGGGGAGCAAUGCGCGACGGUGCCGAGAACGGGCGCCGCGAGCUCGCAGCCCAGGUCGAGGCUGACGAACUCGUCACAAGUCUCGGGCACGCAAUCUGCGCCGACCUCGAGGCACGGGACAGGGAACCGCGCGGCGAGGGCGUAGCGCGUCGCAAGGCCGUCGGGCGUCUGCUGCACCACGCGGCUCUGCGCGCGCUUCUUCUCCGUGAAGUCUUCCACUGCAGCCGUACCGAUACGGCGGUCCAGGAGUGCGUCGCGCAUGCCCUGUCCUCGCUCCAGAGCAUAAAGUGGGGCACGGAGAGCGGCCUCCUGAUCCCGCUCAUGGUGCUCUCGACUGCGGCGCUGGAGCGCGAGCGGCUCCAGUUCAGAGACUUCAUGGUCAGACUAUGCUGGAAGGGAAGCGUCGGUCCCCGCGCUGCGCUCAGAACGCUCGACAUGGUCAUUGACGACAAGGCGCUGGACUGGCGAGAUGCGCUGAGGAAGGUUCCAGGCACGUCGGUCACCUCCGGUGCCCCAGAUUUCCAGAUUAGUGACCCGGUUACAAUCCACCCGCAUCCAUUGAUCGACACUUUCGUGCUGUUGCCCACUACCUCAUCGCCCCCCUCUACACCUUUCAGCGACCCAGCGAGCGAGCUACUCAAGCCCAUUCCAGCUGACUGGGACAGGUCUGAGAUCCCACCCCCGGUGCCAAAGGAAGGCGAAGUGUUGAUCGACGUGUAUGCGGCGGGUCUGAACUUUUUCGAUGCGCAGCUGACAUCAGACAAGCCGCCGCUUCCCUUCGUCCUGGGCGUCGAGUUCUCUGGCCGUGUUGCGCAGGAUUCGCCCAUUCCGCCAGGAUGUCCCUUCAAGCGCGGAGACCGCGUGAUGGGCCGCGGCCUUGGCGCUUAUGCGGAACAGGUCGCUGUCCCCGUCAGCAGCCUGUUGCCAUUACCAGAGGAACUGAGCUAUGAGCAGGGCGCGGCAUUCUAUGUCGCCUACCCCACCAGCUACGAAGCGCUGGUCGGGAGGGCGCAUGCCAAGAAGGGGGAGACUGUGCUCGUGCACGCUGCGGCCGGGGGUGUGGGCGUUGCGGCCGUGCAGAUCGCCAAGAGCCUCGGAUGCACCGUCAUCGGCACGGCGGGGGCAGACGCCAAGCGCGCUGCAGCCAAAGCGGCAGGCUGCGACCACGUAGUCGACUACACGCUGCCCGACUGGCCCCAGCAGGUCAAGGCGCUGACACGCGACCGCGGUGUAGACGUAGUCUACGAUCCUGUCGGCCUGCUGAUCCCCUCCCUGAAGUGCGUAGCGUGGAACGCGCGCCUGCUCGUCGUUGGAUUCGCGGGCGGGACGAUCGAGAAGAUUCCCGCGAACCUCGUGUUGCUCAAGAAUGUUUCGGUCGUGGGCGUGAGGGGCGGCGAGGCGGCGAGGAAGGAUCCAGAGCGCGGUAAGCGGACUAUUAAGGAGUGCUUCAGGAUGAUCACGGAGGGCAUGCGGCCCGUCAUUCAUGGACGGGUGUAUGAGGGCCUUGGAGAGCUUGCUGAGGGAUUGGGAGACUUGGAGAAUAGAAAGGUCACGGGCAAGGCGGUGAGCAGUAAGACUCUUCAGAAGCCUGGACCAUUGGUAGGAGGCACUUUUUGUCUACGAUAUUCGGUCAUCUGUAGCUUCCUCGGCGACUUUGACAUGAUAAACCCCGGACGAUCGCAUUAUGGACGUCACAUCUGCGCUAUGAGCUCGGGAAUGCCUCAGAGUGUUUGCCCAUACCGCCAUUCUACCCCUCUUGAUAAGCGUAUCAUGCCCGCCAGUGCCAAUGCCGUCCCGCGACUCGACCCAGCGAACAGUGCCAUGAAAGGGGAACGAGCCCAGACCACAGCCGGGAAAGGAGCGACCACCCCUUCAUCUGAAGAGGAGUAUCGUACCCUCGGCACGCUUCUGCUAGCCAUGCAGAAGGUAGUGGACAGUUUGGAGAAGGGUUCAAACCUAGCUCCGUCUCCGUCCAGGAAAGCCGUGCAAGCUCGAAAUUUCCAGCUGCUCCAGUCGUACCUCGGACAGGCCGUCAGCAAAGUGGACGCUAUCCACCGCGUCGACUCGGCCAGCAUCCUUCCCGCCAUCCUGUACGGCCAUUCGAAGACGCCUCCCUACGGGACAGUCGAGCUCCGAGCCAACUGUGAAAGUGCCAUUGCGCAGAUGCGAGGCAACAAGACGCCUCUGAGGGGUACGACCUAUCUCGACACGAACAGGGUUCAAGAGCUGGAGAGCAAGCUCUGGCCUGAGCAGAUCAUCAACGCGCUCGAAUUCUCUCUCGGCAAUCUUGAAGACGGAGUCGUGACGGAACGUAACAGCGCAGCCCACCCGAUCAAGGACAUUCUGUCCCUGCUGGAAUGGGAGAUUGGAUCACUGCGCCGCAUAUCCGACCCUGCCGAGCGACUCCGGAAGGCCGACGCCCUGCACAUCCUGUGCGUGUGUGCCACCGCAGCCCCGCACAGUGCCAAGACGCUCAAUGUUCAGACGAUUCUCCAGGAUCUGCGGGAAGAACUGGGUCUUGGAGCUUUUAGCACGAUCGCGAGAACAGUGGCUGGUCUCAAGCGACUGCAAAGAAGGCCCGACCGUUGA